AUGGUAGUCGAGGACUGGCAUGGAUACGAAAUGUCGCCUUACGGCAAGCAGUCUUCUCCGCAGGCUACAGAUGUCGAAACGAUGAUUCAGGAACAAAUAGCACUGGCUAGAAGUGAUACAAGGCAGCUACAUAUGCUUAUUGACCGUGUCAAGCUUAAAGUUCGAGACGCCGAUUUGGCCCAGAUGUCCAAAGGAAUACCAUCCUUGCAGAACGGAGGCGUAAACCUAGCAACUCAUCUUACGCUCAAUGGACAUAACAAUAAAAUAUCUGACUUUUCAUGGUCGUUGGACUCGCGAAGCAUCCUCAGUGCAAGUCAAGAUGGCUUUAUGAUCAUAUGGGAUGCUUGUUCUGGAUUCAAAAAAAACGCAAUACCAUUGGACUCGCAAUGGGUUCUUACAUGCGCCAUUAGUCCAACAGGGAAUCUAGUUGCGAGCGCUGGGUUAACCAAUAAUUGCACAGUGUACCGGGUGUCACAGGAAAAUCGCGUUCAGCAACAAAUUGUAUCAAUAUUCAAGGGACACACCUGUUACGUCUCUCAAGUGGAAUUUUUUGACAACAACAGUAUAAUAACAGCCAGUGGUGAUAUGACUUGUGCACUGUGGGACAUUCCCAAAGCCAAAAGAGUCACUGAGUUCUCAGACCAUCUUGGUGAUGUUUUGGCAUUAGCCCUCCCGCCCGGAAGACCAAAUCGCGAGAGCAACAUAUUUGCCAGUGGUGGUUCGGACGGAUACGCCUAUAUUUGGGACACCAGAUUACGAAGUUCAGUUCAAAGCUUUUUUGUAAGUGAAAGUGAUGUCAGCACCAUUAAAUUCUUUAAUAACGGAGAUGCUAUUGUCACUGGCACUGACGAUGGCGUUGCUCGCAUGUUUGACUUGCGAAGCGAUUGCGCAAUUGCGAAAUAUUCUCUGAGUCAGGGCCUACAUCAACAAGCAAACUCCCCUACACAGCAUUACGGAGCCGCCUCGAUGGAAUACGCCAUGUCUCCUGCGACCAAUGCGUCCGUAUCUCGGGCCGCCCAGAGCGCAAAUUCGACAUAUCUUAACAAUCAAGGGCUUGUCUCUUUAGAUUUCAGUGGAUCUGGUCGCCUCAUGCACGCUUGCUAUACGGAUUAUGGAUGUGUUGUAUGGGAUACUCUCAAAGCAGAAAUAGUAGGAAAGCUGGAAGGCCACUCGAGCAGGAUCUCUGGGGUCAAAACCAGUCCUGAUGGAUUAGCCGUAUGCACCGGGUCUUGGGAUGCAACUUUGAAACUUUGGUCACCUACGUUUAUGUAG